CUUCAGUCUUCACUUCCUCAUUCUCUCACCACACACUCUCUCUCUCUCUUCCUCUUCUCCUUCUUCUUCUUCCCUCUCUCUCUCUAAAACCAUGCAACUACAGCCAUGGAUAAUCAUGGCAACAAUCUCUGCAUUUCUCAUACAAAUUUGUUUAACAGUAGAGUCCCCUCCGAGUGCUGAUAAGAUCGUCAGUUUGCCAGGACAACCACAAGUUGGUUUCCAGCAAUUUGCUGGAUACAUAACCGUGGACGAAAAGCAACAGAGACAUCUUUUCUACUACUUUGUUGAAGCAGAAACCGACCCAGCUUCAAAGCCUCUUGUUCUUUGGUUAAAUGGAGGACCUGGGUGUUCAUCCAUUGGAGCUGGAGCAUUUUGUGAACAUGGGCCAUUCAAACCAAGUGGAGAGAUCCUGGUGAAUAAUGAUUAUAGUUGGAAUAAAGUGGCAAAUAUGUUAUACCUAGAAUCACCAGCAGGGGUUGGUUUCUCCUAUUCUGCAAAUACAUCCUUCUAUGCCUUUGUGAACGAUGAGAUGACAGCACGAGACAAUCUCAAAUUCCUCCAACGCUGGUUCCUGAAAUUCCCAGAAUAUAAAAACAGAGAUCUGUUCCUCACAGGGGAGAGCUAUGCAGGUCACUAUGUUCCCCAACUUGCACAACUCAUUGUCCAAUCCAAAGUGAAAUUCAAUCUGAAGGGCGUAGCUAUAGGGAAUCCUCUUCUGGAAUUCAACACGGAUUUUAACUCGAGGGCUGAGUACAUGUGGUCUCACGGACUAAUAUCAGAUAUAACAUAUGAAGCCUUCACUGUAAUUUGCAACUAUUCUCAAGUAAGAAGAGAGAUAGUGAUGGGGUCGCUUUCCCCAGCUUGUUCUGGGGUAAUAAGCCAAGUCUCAAGAGAACUAGGCAAACAUAUCGACAGCUACGAUGUCACACUUGAUGUCUGUUUACCUUCGGUUGUUUCACAAUCUGAAAGGCUCAAUCAACCACGAGGCACACAGAAAAUUGACGUCUGUGUGGAGGAUGAAACCAUCAAAUACUUGAACAGGAAGGACGUACAGAAAGCCCUCCACGCUCACCUCAAGGGCGUCUCAAGAUGGAGUAUUUGCAGCGAGGUCCUCAAAUAUGAAUAUCGGAAUUUAGAGAUACCUACUAUUCAUGUGGUGGGCGCAGUCCUCAAAUCUGGAAUCCGGGUCCUGGUUUACAGUGGAGAUCAAGAUUCAGUAGUUCCGCUGACCGGAACUCGAACCCUGGUGAAUGGCCUUGCAAAGGACUUGGGGCUGAAUACAACUGUGCCUUAUAGAAACUGGUUUCAAGGAAGACAGGUUGGUGGAUGGACACAAGUAUAUGGUGAUAAAUUAUCUUUCGCUACCAUUAGGGGAGCUUCUCAUGAAGCUCCAUUUUCACAGCCAGAAAGAUCGCUUGUGCUGUUCAAUACAUUUCUCCAGGGGAAGCCGCUACCAGAAGCCACUGUGGUCUUAUGAUCAAAGUCACUGAUAUGCAAUUUAUCAUCGCAUUAGAUUAAGUAUUGCCUGAUUUUCCAAUACAUUCAAAAUUCAAGCAGGAGAUUAAUGCAUCUUCCUGCCAUUAAAAGUCUGUUUGGGUGCGAUUCUUCAAGGAUUAAGAAUGUUCCCUAAUGCUUGAAAACGCUUUUCUUAUAAAAACUAAUUAUUUGACAAAGUUGUAAAAAUUUAGA